GCGGGGAGGCGCAGGUGGCGACUGGCGAUAGCUGACACUAUAUUUGGUGCGUGUAUGAUAUUGCAACUGCUGCUGGCAUGUUCAAAUCAAGCUCAAGGCCAGACAAGUUCAUCAUGUGACUCGGAAUGUCCACCGCUCAGGGUGCCUGCCAAUGCUGUUUUGCAUCAAAACGGUACCAAUGUUGGCAAUACCACCGUCAUCAAGUGUGUGUCCAAUAGUCGUCAAGUCGGUGGUGACACUUCACGUACAUGCCUACCCAACGGUCGCUGGACAGGCUAUGACAUCACUUGCUACACUUAUGCGUCUCUUCUGAGCUGCUCAUUCGCAUACAGCUCUGAGUAUUGUGGAUUGAACCUGCCACGCAAUGCAUCGAUAACACGAGUGAACGGCCAUCGUGUUCUCAGGCUGGAUGGAACCGAUGGCCUCAACAGUACGCUCAGCACAUUCAAUUCACUGCUGGCCAAAAAUAACUGCACACUCACAGUCAUCACAAGAAGCAGCACAUCAGCCCGCAGUGCGGCUCAAAUUAAAAUGAAAGUCCUGGUUGGCACAACAUCGCUUCCGGAUCCCAAAAUUGAACUAACUCAGCUCAACAGGCACUAUAUGUUCACCUACCCUCUGUCGUCCUACGCAGGAUCUGUUUCCAUCAGGCCCGUAUCAAAUUGUUUACAUUUUUCCGAAGUACGCUUCACAGGCGAAUGCCUUGUACAGAUCACGAAUGAUUCAGCAUGCAAAAAUGAGUCAACAAACAUCGCUUCACCCCAGCAUCCACCGGCUCGAUGCAUAUGCCCUGCUCAUGGAUGUUCAACAGAUCUUGUUCAUUGCAAUAUUUCAGUCAGGCCAUGCAGGGGCUGGACUAACUUGCCAACCACAGCUGCUACCUUCCAUUAUCUUGGACCAAUAAUAAAGCCGCUGAUCAAUCAGGUGCAAGGUGGCAUUGAACCAGUAAUUGUCUUCAGAACUACAGGGACACCUGGCAGCAAUAUAACUGUGGAAGUUAGAUCGGCGUUGACCAGACAACCACUUAGGAUGAAAACACUAACUGCAGAUUCAACUGGUGUCUACACUGUGUCCUCUCUGGUGUCGCUUAACGACACUACACUCCAGACAUCUGCAUCCUAUCUAAGCAUCCAAGGUUCGGGUAAUCUAACAUACUUGACCACUCGCCUGCCACAUCUCUAUGCUCGAGGAAUUUGCAAAUUCAACGUGGGCAAAUUCUGUAACUUGCUUAGCCCACGGUCUCUUCAAACAUUUAGCUACGUCAGCUCAGCACUGUCUCGUGUUACAGUGUCUCCCGCUGUACCCAAUAUUGGCGGGUAUCUGAGGGUACCGGCUUCUACUCAAAUUAUCCGAUACUUCUACGAUACCUUGCCAGCGGAGUGCGCCAUAACAUUAAGAGUUAUUCCAAUACUGUCCUGGGACAACUCAACACUGCAGUUCCUAUCCAGAGGCUCCUCUGCUACUAUCACAAUUGACGUUGAUUUUGAGAAGAAGGCUGAUGCAUCCAACGCCACCGCCACAGUGGAUUGUUGGAUGACCGACGGAUUUGACGAAAGGUCCACCAGAACCGAGCGCGUGGCUUCAUCCUGGACUACCAUGACAGUUGGUCUCCAUCGCCCGGUCAAGCCACGGAAGCCCAGCCAAAGAAUCAAACUGGCCUUGUCAUUUGCCGAAGACUCGUUUGUGGAUGAUAUCGAGAUGGCGGGUUGUGGCACACAGAGGUAUUGUGAGUUUGACAAUCCAUGUCAGGCAGGCGGCGUGUGCGUGGAAGCGUACAAUCCAAGUGGCUAUGAGUGCUUGUGCCCGGAGAACCGAAGCGGCGUUCACUGCGAGAAAGUUUGUGGAAAUCCAACAACUACACCAACAACCACUCCGACAGCCAUGCCAACAACAGUCGCUAUAAGCAGGAAUCCGUGCGCCUGCAAGAAUGCUGGUGUUUGCAACACUUUGAACGGAUAUUGCAAGUGCUCACCAAACUUUGCUGGAGCCAAGUGUCAAGUGUGUGCGUUUGCCUACUCUGGAGUGAACUGUUCCAUUCGCUGCUCGUGCUUGAACGGCGGAGAGUGCGACGUCGGGUCUUCCGUUUGCAGAUGUCGGCCGGGUUUUCAUGGAGUGAUGUGCGAGAACAAAUGUUCUCCAGGUACUUGGGGAGCAGGCUGUACAAAUAUAUGCCAAUGUCAGAAUGGUGCACGGUGCGACGGGGGAACUGGCUGCCAAUGUGUACUGGGUUACACUGGAAGAUACUGUUCUACGCGUAUCUCCUGUCCAAAGUUGACUCUAUCUGCCAACGUCUUACUACACCAACCUGGUGGCAGUGGCUUUUUGAAUGUGACCACGACCCGUUGCCCUGACAACUGGUUGUGGGUGAACGGCAGUCAUCAACGAGUAUGCCAGGCUGAUGGUACAUGGUCAGGUCCUGCUGCAUCCUGUCAGCCUCCCUCUACUAACAGUCCUGGCACAACUGCCGCUCCUCAAGUUCAGAUGUGUUCUGAAGGAACCAUUGAUGGUCUUCAAGGAAAGUUUGUGUGGCCUGUGACAGUGGCUGGUGUCAAAAGAACUGUUGUAUGUCCAGUGCUGGUGGCUGAUGAACCUGUUGUCCUUGCUGAGCGGAAAUGUGCCAUGAAAGGCAACAGAGCACGAUGGGAGAAUCCGGAGAUCGAAGGCUGUCCGUAUGCAAAAGCCAGGACACGCAAGCUACGACGGUUAGUCUCUGGCGAGCUCAAAGAGAAUCGCACGCUAGUCGGAGUGUGUGCUGCUGCCAAUGAUCUCACUGCAUUGCUGGAGGAGGACAGUGAAGUCACUUCAGCGGAUGCUGGCCUGUCAGGAGAGUUGCUGGGGCAUCUCGUCGCCUCGAUGGUGAGUUUGCUGACGACGACUUCAUCUGAUGAAACGAUUGUAAAAGGCACCAUACCAACAUUCCUCGCUGUAUUUGAUACCGUUGAAGCCUCUGCCAGUAAACCCUCAUCUAUGGAUGCUGGUGCUAUGAAGCAGAAACAGAGUGACCAGCGUGAGUUGCGCAGCAUGCUGGAAGACCUCGCACUUGCAGUGCCGUUAGCAGAGGAGCAUAAGACAUUCUCCUUCCAGUCCAAGCGUGUUAUCAUGUCAGGUGUGUGUCCGAAACUUGGAAAUAGCUAUUUGUUCACAGUUGAGAAUGCACGCACUGGCAACACUUCUACUGGGGCUCGUUCAGCAAACAUCACAGCCUUGGGAUCAGCGAAUGCUACCGAUGUUGAUACUGCAGCCAUGAUGGAUACUGCAGCCAUGAUGGAUACUGCAGCAGCCAUGAUGGAUACGAAUUUGAAGUUUACAUUCCCAUCCGCAGCUGUGCAGAAGGCAAAGGAACGUCAUACUUCGCCACAGAUUACGUUUUCCUGUCAGGUUCCACAGAUCUCACUUGUCUCCUUUCCGCCUGAAGAUGACUUCAACAGUAGUGAUGCUGUUAGCGGUGAUCAAGUUGCAACGUCUGUUGUAGCAGCCAGUGUGGGUAGCAGGGAUGAUAGCUUGCAGCUGGGUUUGAGUCAAGUACAAAUGACUAUGCCUAUUCGUCUGGCAAGUGAUGAUCUGGAGGAAAGAAAUCUCACCUGUAGCUAUUGGAAUGAUACAACUUUUUCAUGGAGACAAGAUGGCUGUCGACUUGUGAAUGUGACGAGGAGCAAAGAUGGAGAGAUGUUAGCUCAUUGCGAGUGUAAUCACUUGACAAACUUUGCCGUACUUGUUACGCCUCCCAAUGCAGAAUCGAUUGGGGCGUCUGCUGCUGAUGAAAAGGCUUUGUUCUUCAUCUCCGUCAUCGGUUGUAGCCUUUCUGUCGUAUGUCUUAUACUGACUGUGUCUAUCAUCCAAUGCACAAGAAAUCAAAAGAGAACUCUCCAGCAUGAGUUGACGACGUGUCUCUCUGUGUCUCUCCUGUGCACUCUGUUGCUGUAUAUUGCUAAUGCACUUGGAUUGCAAGGACAACAUGCGUGGGUCUGCUUCACCGCAGCUAUUCUACUGCACUUCUGGCUGCUGGCGGCAUUCGGGUUUACGCUUGUGAUGGCCUACUAUCUGUACCGGCGUCUCGUAGCUGUUCUGGUGGAGGUUGGUGAGAGUUUCCUGAAGCGUUCCAUCACUGCUGUCGGCGUUGGCUGUGCUGCACUUGUGGGUGUGAACGUAGCUGCGUUCAAACCUGACGUGUAUGGAAGCAGCAGUGGCGGCCUAUGCUUCCUGUCAGUAAGACUGUCGUUCUACAUCACGUUCAUAGCACCUAUUGUCCUCACGCUGCUUACGAACGUGUGCGUGCUGGUUGCGUCGAUGAACAAAGUGCGCCAGCACUACAGGAACAGCGGUUCAGACAAACGCAGGAUCUGGAUCCUGACUAAGAUGGUCUUCUCCAUGACAUUUCUGCUUGGUCUCACCUGGUUGUUUGGUGCUGUGGUGACAAUCUGGCCGCACGUUGUUUUCCAGUACAUUUUCACCAUUCUCAACACACUGCAAGGAGUCGGAGUGUUUGUCUUCCACCUCAUGUCUAAUCCCGAUACCGUUUCUGGGCUCAAAUCUACCUACCGUACGAUUUACAGAGGCACCGGAUCUCUUCUUGGCCGAGUCACAAACUUCUCGUCGGCGCCGUCACCUAGCUUGUCGCAGACACCUCCGUCAGUUGCUGCUCCACUCUCCAUUGAGGUGGACCCGCUCCAGUUUGCAGAGGCGCAAUCCAUUGACCCGAUGGCAUCAUCAACAACAUCAGCACCAUCACCAUCUGCAGUGUGCGGCAAAUCACCGUCCCAGGGUUCACCCCUGCUGGCGACGCACACCAACACGAGAUGGGCAGAGCAGCAGAAGUUAAAUCUGCGUGUGUCUACCAUUAGCACGGUCACGACUGGCAGCGUAACUAGUAACGACGGUAUCAUGAUGCACGCAUACCUAGGCCACACAAUGUGCUUCAGAAUGCGGCCAGGCGUCAAAACGGUGUGUGUCGACCGCGAUAUUGCAGGUGUACCCCGGUCACCUGCCGUCAGUUAUCCAGAGCAGGAGGACCGCAGGCCGUCAACACUUACACCUCUCUCUCUCUCUCUCUCUCUCUCUCUCUCUCUCUCUCUCUCUCUCUCUCUCUCUCUCUCUCUCUCUCUCUCUCUCUCUCUCUCUCUCUCUCUCUCUCUCUCUCUCUCUCUCUCACACACACACACACACACACACAACAUACACACACACACACACACACACACACACACACACACACACACACACACACACACACACACACACACACACACACACACACAUACACACACACACACACACAGCAGUAGGGUGCAAUGUAUAAUUAUAUGCCGGGACUUCCACUCCCAGUACUCCAUUUUGAGGCUAGACACAGCUCUUCAACUUAUGAGCACCUGGCUAUUAUUAAACCCGUAGCAGCACAACGUCUCUCUAGGACCAUGUGCCCUGUUUUUCUGUACCUUGACGUCAUGUGUGUACAGUACACUAGGGUGCACCUAAUUCCGGCCUCUUUUCCGACACGUUUUUAUAGUAGUACUAAUUAUCUUUAUUAGGAUGACCAAGGGCUUGUCGCCUUUUUCUUUUUCUUUUCUUUUUUUACGUAUUUUUGACAAUUCCAUUUUGCUUCUUUUUAGAAUUUUUAACCACUGGCUUUUUUUUAAUUACAUUUUUUGAUAGGGCAAUCCCCACAGGCCUAAGGCCUGGCUUCAGAAACUUACUUCUGUAGUUGGUUUUUAUUUCCCUUUUGGAAUUUUAAGUUAUUUUUAACCUUGCUUCAGAAAGCCUGGGGGCCAUCAAAAAGCAGAAUUUGGCUGUGAAGUUCACAUGCUUAUUUUGCUUCAAUUUUAUCUUUUUAUUUUGACUGCAUGCGUCGGCCCUUGCUCCAUCCCCUCCAGUCUCUCAGUACCUUAACCUGAAAUGUAAUCAUACUGCAAUGUAACAAUUCUAACAAUGAGUUCCA